CGGUCAGAAAACAAAAAAGUGGACCAUUGCAUCUGAAUACGCAACAGACAUAUUCACCAAAGGGCAAAUCCAAGAAGAAGUCACGGGACUCGUUCAAUUGACCAAGACGAUAUUCUGAGAAGGAAGGCACACUCCAAGACCUGGACCUCCUGCCACCUUCCAACCCUUUGAGAAUUUCUUCGCACCAGAAGGCACAAAACCCAACUCCUUCUCCCAUCCUCUUCUCCUCCUCCUCCUCCUCCUGCUCCUCCUCCUCCUCACCCUCAACAACCAACAACCACGCACGCAAUUCCUUUCAUCGCGGCUUUGUUGGGUUUUCCUUCACAUCACCACCAAUCCCUCUUACAACCUCCUCCGAAUUACUUCAGAGACACGCACGCGCACUCUCCAACCGCAGGAAGCAAUUCACGAUGGCAGACAUCAUGAAUCUCUUCUUGCCCAACCUCAGCUUUGGUUGGUCCCCCACCGCCUGGAUGUAUCUGUUUAUCGCCCUUUGGCUUCAUCGUUACACCCGUCUUCUUGUCAACUGCGUCAGCCACUGGGUCUACAAGUCCAAGCCGAUCCCCGCCAACCCUACCUUCACAGCUGACGACGUGACCGUCAUCAUCCCCACCAUUCACAAUGUCUUUGAGGAGCUUCGUCCUUCUCUGCUCAGCAUCAUCGCCUGCAACCCUCGCGUUCUGAUGCUCGUUACUACCAGCGAGAAGCAUGCCUCCCUUGAGAAGCUUGCUCGCAGCCUGCCUCACCCUAACGUCCAGGUCUACUCCACUCCCAUUGCCAACAAGCGUCUUCAAGUUUGCGAGGCCUUGCCCAAGGUUACCACCAAGCUCACUAUCAUGGCCGAUGAUGAUGUCACCUGGCCUUCUACUAUGAUGCCCUGGAUUCUCGCUCCCUUCGAAGACCCCAAUAUUGGCGGUGUCGGCACUUGCCAGAGAGUUAAGCGCGUCUGGGAUGGCCCGCUGUCCACUCGCAUCUUCAACUGGCUCGGCGCUGCCUACAUUGAGAGACGCAACUUCGAGAUCUCGGCUACCCACAACCUCGAUGGCGGUACUUCCUGCAUGUCUGGCAGAACUGGCGCCUACCGAUCUGAGAUUCUUUCCAGCCACGACUUCCUUGAGGGUUUCAAGACCGAGAAGUGGGGCAAGUACAUCCUCAACGCCGAUGAUGACAACUUCGUCACCCGCUGGCUCGUCAGCCACCAGUGGAAGACUUGGAUCCAGUACGAGAAGGAGUGCGAACUCGAGACCACUCUGGAGAACAGCACCAAGUUCCUCUACCAGUGUUCCCGCUGGGCCCGCAGCAACUGGCGCAGCAACUGGACCAGUCUUGUCCGUGAGAGAUACGUUCUCACUCAGCAGCCCUGGUGCACUUACGCUCUCCACAUUGCGACCUUCACUUCCUUGGCAUUCCUCUUCGACCCCCUCAUCAUCUUCACUCUGUGGAAGGGUACCGCCGAUUGGGAUGUCGAGAGCCGCCGCCAGGCCCUCUGGGCUCAGAUCAUCUUCGUGUUCGGCUUCACCAAGGUCGUCAAGCUCGUGAACCUCUUCCGUCGCAACCCCAGCGACAUUCUCUUCCUGCCCGUCUCUAUCCUCUUCGGAUGGGCUCAUGGCAUUAUCAAGCUCUACGCCUUGUCUACCCUCAAGAUGACCUCCUGGGGCAGCAGAGCCGAUGGUGACAUUAACAACGACAUCCGUCUGACUCCCCGCCCCAAGCGAGCCAUGAGUCUUACCACGCCCCCUGGUGGCCAGGACCUCGUCCGCUACCGCUUCGAGCGCCAGAUGACCGAGAAGGUCUCCGACUGGCACCGCCAGGCCAACGAGGCGCGCCGACCCCAGACUGUCCGCAUGAACACCUUCCCUGCGAAGGACAUCAAGGCGCCUCAUGUCACCUUCUCCCUCCUGGAGCACCCCACGGACUAGAUCCUAAGCGACCACGAGUAUCACGAAUUAUGAAUUUGCAACAAAUUGGUUUGCCAGAGGAGAAACGGGACUCUGGCUUGGGUGGCUUUCUUAUGUUUUCUUUCCUGAAGGGCGGAAACGAAGAGGGUUAAUCAACC